AUGGAAACAAUGAUGAAAAUAAAGACGGCGCUAAAGCUGGCGCCGUCUACCUGUGACGAGGAUUACAACCGCCGCAAACGUGAAAUGAAGGAUUUGUCCACGGCUAUUCGCAACUACAACACUGCCAUGGAGAAGGCAAAAGUGUCUUCUAGGCGCCUCGUAGAGGCGCUCACUGAAGCAAGCAGGGUAUUUGAAACGUUGUGCAACUACCCAAACAUCUCGGAUUGCACGAAGGAUUGUGCGCUGGGUCUAGUGGCCUCUAUGAAUCGUAUCGAAGGAACGACCUUUCCAGAGUUCAACGUUGCAAUGGACUCGACUGUUAUCACUGCUACUCACGGGCUGAAGGCCUUGUACGACGAGUGCGAGAGGCUGGAAGGCAAGCGCAAUAAGGUUAUGCACGAGUAUGAUACAUACCGCGAGGAGGUCUCAAAGAAAGAGACAGAAUACCAGCGCAAGUCAAAGAGCCUGUUGAAGUCGAAGUAUUAUAACACCGAGGUUGCGAGGCGAGACGAGCUGGAGGCGGCCUUCGACUCUGCGGAUCAGAAGUUCAAAGAUACCCACGACCAACUCAUGCAAAGUCGUUCAGUCGCAUCCACAGACGCUCUCAACGCAUUUGUGAGCUGCAUGUCCCGUUUCCUGCAAGCGAUCUCCGAAGAGUUCGAAAGGCUGAAAGGCUCUUCGGAGUAUGUGCUGCCAGUACUGCACAAUAUAAUGCGUGCAGGGUGCGAAAGCGACUAA